GGCUGCUCCAGUCAGCAGUGUUCACGAUGCGCUUUCUGUGGCUGAUUGGACUGAUGGUGGCCGUGGCCCUCAUCGAGGUCGGUGAGUCAAUCGUAGAUGACGAGGACUUGAGUGACGAUGAUGACAGCGAUUGCUCUGCUGAUGAGGAGGAGGAAGAGCCUUGUGGUCCAACGAGUGAGGCCACAACGAUUGGGCGAUGCGAACCCACUUGCUGUACGGUGUCCUGGCCACAGACUGAAACACCCAUCACGACAGCUGCGCCUGGAACGACAUUGAAGCCACCAUGUGAGACCACAACGAUGGCACGAUGCGAGCCGACAUGCUGCACGGUGUCCUGGCCACAAACUGAGACACCAAUCAUCACGGCGUCCCCUGGAACGACAUGCACCAAAAAGAAUCCCAGCUGUAAAACGAAGAAGCCCCACUGUAAGAAGGACACUCGCUGCAAGAAGGAACCCAAAGGACAGCAGCAAUGCCCAGCCAGAACGUGUGGUUAGCGAAAGGAUCAGCUUUAGAGCACACCAAAAAUAUGCCAAAUUUAAUAUAGAAAUCGAAGUAAAACGAUUUACGAUUGAGUGUA